AUGACCACAACACCAACACCCAAAGUGGGAGAGCUCAAGGCACAGGGAGACCAAGAUUUGCCAGCAGGCGUUGACGACAAUCUCCCUUCAUACACACAGAAUCCCUCGGACGACCAACUGCCCCCGGAAACGCUACUUCUUGCCGGUGACGCCAUACAUAGCGCGUCCAGGCCAGCCUCUUGCUCUAUUCCUCUAUACAAGCUCUCCCUUGAUAUUAGUUUCUUACGCAAGAACAAUACAAAAGUUGAGCUUUCUCGCUUUGAACAUCGCAUCCACAGCCGCAAUAGCUCCCCAGAAGUGAGCGCUCGACCAAGGCACAUCUUCAACUUAACUCGGCCUCCAACCGUUACUACACCGUCGUUCGAAUACCAUCUCGAGUCUGUCUCUAAUAGUAACUUAGGCCAUAUCGGCUUAAAAAGAUACCAUCAUAUUUUCUCUUCAGGAUAUCAAGCUUGGAAAGCAACAAUAGCCCACCCCGGCGCUAACCUAUUGGCUAAAGAUAUCAUUUUCAUAGCGAAAACACAGCAUAAAGGACGGCAUAAAGUACGGCACGAAUGGCGUGAAGCUGGAGAUAGCGGUCAAAUUCUGGCGUACGAUAUAAUGGACGAUGGUAUUUUCUACUUGGAAAUUAUUAAAACUAUGCCACAAAAUCAGCGUGAUACCUUAGUCGGUGCCUGGUGUUUGCGGGUCUGGAGGGAUAUUGCUAAUUCCAAUAUAGAACCAUUGACCUGGAACGAAGUUAAGCGCAUUCUUGGAACACGGACCACCGAGUUUCCCCUUGGAACCGGUUGGGGGAUGUGA